GGGAAAUGAACAGGUUAUAUGGGGGGAGGUGCUGUAUGGCCGGGAGGCGAGUGUCCCUUAGGCCGCGCCCAUCCCCGGGACGAGUCCCCACACUUCAGUCAGGACGGGAGCGGCUGAGCAGGGGCCCGGCGAAGCCGUGUCGGGCGCCGCUGCAGCCGCCGCAGGGGAAGGCGGGGAGGGAGCCCAACCAGCAGCGGGAUCAAAAAAGGAUGUAGACAGGAGAAUGCAGGAAGCUCCAGAAGCCCGAAUAUCUAGCCACACUGAUGGCUGUGCUGCUGCCCUUAAUGCUAGAAUCAGAAGAAAGCUCCAAAACAGAUCUUCAGAAGAGAAACUACUGUAGCCUCCGGAGCAGAAGCUUCUGCAGUGUGAACAAAAGGCAAAGAUGCAUAGCAGCUGUCAUGAAUAUAACCAAGCCCUCUCGGAUCUCAUGAGGUGUAUAGCUCUGGCAAGAAUUUGCUAUGGAGGCCAUCACUGGAAAAUGGCAGAAGCCCCUGUUAAUUUGGCUCAGGGAUACCUCCAGCUUAAAGGUGAGUUUACAAAAUUCAGAGGUCACAAUGUUAGGACCAAAUCCUCCAGUCCUUUCAUAGUCAAUGCUCCCAAUGGCUUCAGCAAGGAUUGCAAGAUUUUGUCACACAAAGUUGCAUGGCAAAACAUAGUCGGAAUCAGAAGUCAUGAAUCCUUCUCCAACUUCUGCACACUAGCACUACUCAGAUUGAAAGAUUCAGAGAGAAAUUUAGUAAAAGCUCAGAAACUUUCAGAGGAACUACUACAAAGUGAUCACAUGCCACAGGACAAAUGGAUGGAAAUCAAAGCAGCAGCUGAGUUGUCGUUUGCACAAUUAUACCAGUGUCACAAAAGAUCAGAAGACGCUAUUCUCUGCUGUCAAAAAGCUCUGAGCUAUAUUGAGAGGAGUAAGGGUGAAAGCAAUCUGGAAUGUAUUCCUGUACACAAGAAAAUGGCAGGAGUAGCACGGGUUCUUGGGGAUUAUGCAACAGCAAUCCAGCAUCUUGUAAAGGCUCAUUUCAUUGCACUGAGAAAAAGCCCUUCUUCAGGGGAAGCAGCAGAAACUGCUCACUUGGUGGCACGGGCUGCAGUUUCCUCUAAACGACCAGAGCACUAUGUGCCUGUACCUACAGACCCUCUUAUACGGCACCAACAACAAAAGGACUAUAGCAACCCAGGAGGCCAUUGACUUGUCAAAGGCCCCAGAUGUAGCAGCAAAACAGAGAAGAUUAGAUAAAAAAUGACCACCAUUCUGUGCUAUUGUGCAACAGUACUCCAUAGUGGGAAG